GAGGCGGGGGGCGGCUGGUCCCGGCCCCGGCGGCGGCGGCAGCAGCAGCCGCAGCGGUACCGAGCGGGGGCUGCCUCCCUCUCCCCGCUGAGACAAGGAGGGAGCGCCUCGCCUCGCCGUGCCAGCCGCCUCGCCGCCGCCAUGCUGCCCGGGGUGGGGGUGUUCGGCACCGGGCUCACGGCGCGGGUGAUCGUGCCGCUGCUGAAGGCGGAGGGCUUUGCCGUGAAGGCGCUGUGGGGCCGCACGCCCGAGGAGGCGGAGGAGCUGGCCAAGGAGAUGAGCGUCCCCUUCUACACCAGCCGCAUCGACGAGGUGCUGCUGCACCAGGACGUCGACCUGGUCUGCGUCAACCUGCCGCCGCCGCUCACCCGGCAGGUCGCCGUCAAGACUCUGGGCAUUGGGAAGAACGUCAUCUGUGACCGAACGGCGACUCCCCUGGAUGCCUUUAGGAUGAUGACUGCGGCUCAUUACUACCCAAAGCUCAUGAGCAUCAUGGGGAAUGUUCUACGCUUCCUGCCUGCGUUCGUGAAGAUGAAGCAGCUGAUCCAGGAGGGCUACGUGGGGGAGCUGCUGGUGUGCGAGGUGCAGGUGCACAGCGGGAGCCUGCUGGGCAAGAAGUACAACUGGAGCUGCGAUGACCUGAUGGGAGGCGGGGGCUUGCACUCGGUGGGCACCUACAUCAUCGACCUGCUGACCUUCCUCACCAGCCAGAAGGCUGUGAAGGUGCACGGGUUGCUCAAGACCUUUGUGAAGCAGACGGACCACAUCAAGGGCAUCCGGCAGAUCACCAGCGAUGACUUCUGCACCUUUCAGAUGGUCCUGGAAGGGGGCGUGUGCUGCACCGUGACGCUCAACUUCAACAUCCCGGGGGAGUUCAAACAGGACAUCAUCGUGGUGGGCUCGGCGGGACGGCUCACUGUGAUAGGCACUGACCUCUACGGGCAGAGCAACAGCUCUCCUCAGCGGGAGCUCCUGCUCAAGGACUCCACACCGGUGAGCAACUCCUUGCUUCCGGAGAAAGCCUUCAGUGACAUCCCAUCCCCCUACCUGCGGGGCACCAUUAAGAUGGUCCAGGCUGUCCGGCAGGCCUUUGAGGACCAGGACGACAGGAGGACCUGGGACGGGAGGCCCCUUACCAUGGCUGCCACUUUUGACGACUGUCUGUACGCCCUGUGUGUGGUGGACACCAUUAAAAAGUCAAACCAGCUGGGGGAGUGGCAGAACAUUUCAAUCAUGACUGAGGAGCCAGAACUGAGCCCGGCAUACUUGAUCAGCGAAGCCAUGCGGAAGAGCAGGAUGUCUCUGUACUGCUAGCUCCUCUGAGCUCCUAGGAAUGAAUAGGAACCAGACAGCUCUUGAAGGAGAUGGUAUUUCAGCCCCUGUGAAGGGCUUGGGUGUCUUAGCUGAGGAUUACAGGAGAAGAAAAUACAGUGUCUGGAUCAAUUAAAUCUGUUGGCAGCUAAAUGCCAAACUGAUGUGGUCCUUUGAAACGCCCAAAACAGACAGGAGAUGUAAGAGCUGAUAAACUUAACUGUUUUAAUAACAGUAUUAGCUGGCUGAUUGCAAAGAUAUAUCAUGGACUCAUCCCCUGCUUGCAGGUGCUUUAGAUUAUCCAGUUGUGUUUACUGUGAAAGGUUGGGAAGAUCCUUUUAGAUUUUCCUUACCUACCAGAGGGCUGUGAAGGUACUGUCAUGUCUUUAAAUUUUCUGUAGUGUCUGACAUGAAUGUUUCCUACCAUGACAGCUGACACCACCAUGUUGUAUUACUACACCUCCAACCAACACACAGAAUAACAGGGCUUGAUGUGAAAGUGUUGCAGGAUUCAGAAAAUCUUGGCAGUUCACUUUUCACACAGCCUUUUAAGAGCUUCUCUGUGUUGGUUUAGUAGUUGUUUUUUGCUUUGUUUGGUUUUGAUUUUUCUUUUGGUUUUUUUUAAAGCACAAUUAAAUAGGAAAAUGUGUGGCUUUUAAAACAAAGCAGUCCUCAACCACAGUGCACAUGCCUGGGUAUUUGGGGAGGGAGGCUCUUCUGUGAGCUCCUGGUAAGUGUCAGUGUUACGGGUUUUCCGAAUAAAAUGGGUGAUGGAAAACCUUCAUGGAUGGCAGGUGGCACGACCCAGUAAUGAUAAUGGGGUUUAUUAUACAGCCGAACUCAGGCUAGUCUUACAAAGAUUUGCACAAAAUUUCCUGUGUUUGGGACUGACUUUUGAGUGAAUUCAUCAUGCAUUUUGGCUUUAGGUGGGAAACAGCAGGAAUAUAACCCAAAACCAUACGAUGUUUGGUUGCAUACACAAACAGUGUUCUUUUAAACCACUGUGAACUCACACUUGAGAGAUGCACACCAACAAGUAAUUUCACAUCCCUCAGUCCAGAAGUGCUCACCUCCAAGUGGUAAGUGUGAGUGAAAAACAAAAGGGAUGAGAAAAUUUCCCAUCUAUUUACAAGGGAAAAAAAUUACAUAGGACCCCCAGCCUUCUCACCUCCUUAAAGUGGCCAGCUACUGGUACUGUAUUAAUCAUUGCCUGUCACCAGUGCAGGAGUGGACAAACUCUUUUGCUAUGUUUGUCCUGUUCUUCUUUUUAAUAUUUUAGAUUGCAGUCUUGAAAUAAUUCUUUUGAGAAUAUCUUCUUGAAAGAAUAUUGUGAAAGGCACAUGAUUUAUCCCAAUAAAUAGGGAUACUGUUUUUCUGAGUAAAGCUGCUCCAGUGCUGAUGUGUUUACAGCGCUAGGUCUUGAGAUAGUAAAAAAGUAGAACACAAGCAUAUAGCACUAAAUCAUAUUAAACUUGAGAAAAACCUUUUCAGGAUUUUUUGUUAAUUUUGACUAGGGGAAGUAAGAGAACACUGGGGUGAGCAGUAAAUAUAAAGAGAAAAUAUGUUUUUGAAGAGGAGGGCAUCAAUAGUGUUGUUCAUCUUAUCUGGCUUUAGUCAGCUCAGUUGGUUGUCUUUUUCUCAUCAGCAAGAACACUGCAGUCAAUACAGAGAGAGCUCUCCAAAGGCUGACUCAGUUCACCCUAGGAUUAAUAUAGAAAGAGAUGCCCACUGGAAAUGCCUGUCUUCCUUCUUUGCAGAGAAUUCUGGCUUCUAAAUUUUGGUGUGGCUGAAGUUAGGAAACUUGACUCCCAGCCCAAAAUUGAUUCAUAUGUGCUUAAUAUUUCAAGAGCAUAUAUACGACCUUUUGUUAAAUAGUCCCCAAAGUGUGGUAGUGUGACUGAUGAAGGAAUAAUGUAAUACUGUAAAACCACACCCAAGGGGAGAAUUGUUUCUAUCCAUGCUGUUCUGCCAGUUCUAGCAACUCUCUCUGGGGCUGUUUCAGCUAAAACCUCGGGCAAGGCUUCAUCAUUCCUUCUUGGAAGCGGCCCUUGACAAGUUUGGUUGUUUUUUUUUUUUUUUUUUAAUGGGUUUCUCUGAGAAUUCCAGAGGUAGUAUCUGUGCCAAUAUGAAUCUCCCAGUGCAACUGUCAUGGUAUAUAUCAUGCUAUCCACUUCCUGCCCUGAAAAGUAAAUAACACAGAAGAGAGGAUUUGAUCAAGAAAUCACCUGUCUCCUGAAAAAUAGAAUUACCCCCAAGGGGAUCAAGAGAGUUUUCAUACAGUGAAGCAAAACCCAUUUACUGAAAAGAGUGGCUAGUUCAAGUCAUGAAUGCAAGCCUGGUGGAUAAUUAACCAUGUCUAGUUAAACAUCAUCCAAAAGUCAACCAAACAUGGACCACAAUGUUUGUGAAUCUUGCUUCUCAGUUUGGCGAUUGUGUUGGAGUUGCUGUUCAUGUAUUUUCCUUCUUCGUGUUUCACAAAUGUUGGCUGUGUUUCCUCUCUGUGUUUUCUUCUUUUCUCUGUCUUUCUGGGUUUUGUGAUGCCAGUUAGAAUCCUUUCCCCUGCCCCUGCAGUGAACAGGCAAGACACAGUGAAUAAGGAUAGUACUACUGAGCUCAAACUUUCUGCCCCAGACACAAAGGUUUAGGUGGCAGGCAUCAUCCAUCCCCUGUACAGACCUACUGUUGAUGCAGCAGAAAGAAAAUCCAAUGCUUUGGCUACACAGACAUCUGAUGCUGCUGUCUGCACUGGCUUGCAAAUGGGUCGGAUCUUGUACAGCUCCUUGUGCUGGCCCAGAGAGAGCAGGGACAGGGUGGGACCUCCUCUUCUAAUGGUAGCAGAGAUGCUACAUUUAUGUUACCUAACUGGGAUGGCAGCAGGAGCUGCAUGCAUUCAGGAUGGUAUGGCAGUUUUUCCAUUCUCUGGGAGGUGAAGGUGCUGCAAUGUCAAGUGUAAACAUACUAAACUUCCACCUGGCUUGGAGGAGGAAAAAAUUAGUGUAUUUAUUGAAUGUGUAUUGUUAUUCUGACAAAUAGUUUAUUUAUAGUCUGGGACUUUUUCUUGGCAGCGUCCAGCCCUCUGUUCCUUCGGUGAAGUUGAAAGUACAUUGAAUUUGCCCUAAGUAGCUUCUGGAAUUCAAGUUGGGUUUAGGAAUUUGGGCAGCAGAUAGCAGAGAUGUAUUUGAUUGAGCUCAGAAGCGGUACCAUCCCAGGAAACAUGUAUUUGGAAUUGCACUUUUAAUGCUCUGCCACAAGGUUUGAGAUGAAUGCUGCUAAAUUGGUGCAGGCCUAGGAGCCAAACUGCAGCUACUGCUGGAAUUUACAGUAGCCCCCAAACGAACUUGUUCAUACAUUAGAUAAGAAAUUUCAUUCCUCUCUCCCAGGGCUGCUAUUGGAGAGGGUCUUUCCUUUGCCAUCAGCCUGUGCAAAUAGGAUACUGAUCCUUAUGGUCUGUUGCCAAAGACAGAAAGAGCCAAAAGGUGAGCUUUGAUGCUCUGCAGGGCCCUGUUCCAGUGCUGGGACAGUCAACUGGGAGAGGGUGUCUUAUUUCCCAUUGGAAUUGCAUUGGGAUUCACACCAGGGGUAGGACAGCCCUGUACUGUGUGACAGCAGGGCACAACUUAACUCCUUAAAUGUGCCCAGAGGGAGGGUGGUGAUUGCAGCAGGGAGCAGCAGGAAGGUGUCUGCAGGCUGGUACCUCUGUGCCUGCCCUGCAGGGAGGCCAUGGAGGGUGAGGGCUGCACUUCCCGAGGGUGACAGCAGCAGCCUUGCUCCACCUCUGUGUGUGGGAGCCCAGGAAGGGACCCUGCCCUUGGGGAAGCAGAAUCUAUCCCACACUCCUGCUGGGUAGGCACAUCCUCAGUGCUGAUCUCAGUGGAGUUCUACUGGGAAGUGUAAGAACUCUGUGGGAGCUUGGGCUUUCCUACAUCCAGUACCAUGCAUGUGGUAAGUCUGUAGUACGUUGGCUGUGUAGUGAGAAAAUACCCAGUAGGGACAAGAGGAUCUUACUCAUGCAGCCAACAUGGCAGGGAAUUGGGCCAUGCCUUGAUGAGUUUUGGCUCAGGAAGGGCUGCUCUGGAGCUCAUCCUUUGCUUUGGCUGAAGCAAAUCAGCCAAAUUUGAUUGCAAUCCCUGUCCAGCCAGCAUCGGGCAAUCAGAGGCACUAUUCACUUUGUACUAAGUGUUCCCUUCUUUUCCAUAACUUUCCAAAAAGUGACUGAACAAGUAAACAGCUGUCCUGGAAGUUCAGCCAUUUAAAAAAAAAUGAGGCUUUUCUGCUGCAUGUGGUCACAGCACAAUGACAAUUCAAUUUCUUGUUUAGUUUUGUGUCCAUGUGGAAUAGACCCAGAUAAUUUAAAAUGACUCACUGUUCUACCAAGAAAAGGCAUAUUUUAUUUACUGGGUAAAGGUAAACAUAGUAUCUUGAUGUUGUUUUCACAGAGAAUCAGGAAGGAAUGAUGACAGAACUUCUUGUUGCUGGGAAUUUUUGUAUUUGACUUUUAUUUAUGUCUUUCAGCAUAAAAUAUCACUCAUUAUGAAGUCUGUUCACUGCUAAGUUCUGUAUUUACAAGCCAGAGUUGUGACUUUGUGCAGUUACUCCACACUGAUUUGGUGUUCUAGGCCCAGUGGUGUACCCUUAGGAUGUAUGGAACUCAACACUGGACUUUCGACCUCUGCAGUGAUCUCUGGAGCUAAUUGUGAAAUGGCAGGAUUAAUCAGAACAGCAGUUUCUUUUUGUUGUUGUUGAAGUUGUUACUUGUGGGAAGCAAAGUUUGUAAAUUUAGAGAUGAAGUGUGACUGAAUAAUAUUUGGCAGUCUUAUCUGCUUUAAAAUUUCCUCUUUUUUGAGCUGCUGGGUGAAGUCUGUCCAAUAAAAAUAAUUUCCCCUUAACUGCCCACUUCCAUUUGCUCAUGAAAAGAAGAAAUUUUAA